UCCCACGAUCGGUCAUCUAUGUACAUGAUCUGUCCAACCGAACGUACUAGCUGUCCGACUUAAGUAUAGCUACAGCAACCCCCUGCUUUCUCUCUCUUCAGUGUACUUUUAUUCCGAUAUCAGAAUAAGCUUAAGUCGAUACCUCCACAAUGUGGUGGUUGGACCCCACAAAAGAGGUCUCGAAUCUGUUCAAUAGGAUACUUGCCCCAUAUGUUGAGAACCUGGAUAUGAACAGCCUAAAAUAUAGUAUUGGGCAAGGUCAAGUAACGUUGCGCAACUUGCGUCUCAAGAAGGGUGCCUUGGAUAAAUUCAGACUCCCAGUCGAUGUUAUCGAAGGUUACCUCGGUACAUUCACGCUGUCUGUCAAUUGGAUGAACCUCGGCAAUCAACCUGUCGAGAUAUUGAUCGAAGAUGUGUAUCUCCUCGCCACACCCUCUCCGCAGACGAACAUCGAUCCAGAUGAGGAAAGGCAGAGAGCACAGGCCGCCAAACUCGACCGAUUGAGAAGUACAGAACUUCUGCACAUGCAUGCUUCCUCAGAGGAUUCUUCGCAGUCGCAGGGUUUCUGGGCUUCCUUAACGGCUAAAAUAAUCAGCAACCUGCAGGUGACCGUAAAGAACAUUCAUGUACGGUACGAGGACAACAUGAGCGUUCCUGGCGUACGUAGGACAAACGGGCCUCACAAUUCAUUAUAUAACGUCCAAUAUUAGCAUCAUUUCGCCAUGGGCAUCACAUUGGCGAGUUUCACAGCGGUGUCAGUCAACGAGGAAUGGCAACCGACUUUCAUAGAAUGUGCGACCGGUGCAUUCCGCAAGGUUGGAAUCACUAGCAGUAUAUUUUGAUUCAGACUCGCAAAGCAUGGCAGGGCUGCCCUUA